ACAAGUUAGGCACAAAAACUUUAUCCAACGUUACGAAAGCUAAACAUGUGGGAAUCCCCCUUUCCACAAUGAACAAUUAUUCAGGACACGUUAAAGAGGCCAUCGUUAAUGGAAAGAGGAAACUAUUCUCACUCUUUGGUCUUGGGCACAAGACAGGUGGACUGUCACCGCUAGUAGCAACAAAGCUGUACAACAGUUAUAGUAUUCCCACGAUGUUGUAUGGAGACCAAUUGAUAAACUACAAGCCAAGUGACGUAGAAAUGCUAGAAGUAGCACAGAGGCAGAUAGGAAGAAGAUUGCAAUCUCUCCCAGUUCACAGUAGCAAUCCAUCCGCAACUAUGCCAUUAGGAAUGAACUCCAUGUCACUUAGAAUUGAUUACGAUAUGUUACUGAUGUUGUUUGGACUACUUACUCUUCCAAUUUCGAAUAUAUACAAACAAUUUACUAUAACCAGAUUAAUACCGAUCAUCUUCUUUAAAGAGACCACUUGGGAUUCCCCAAUACGACAAAUGUGGGAUCGAGUUAGAAAAUAUAACCUGACAGAACUGCUAACUAACAUGAUUGUUAAUGGCAUCUACUUAACUAAAGGAUCAUGGAAAAGAUUCAUUAAACUUGAAGUAAAUGAUAAACAAAGAGCCAUAUACAGGACUACAUGUAACACGUAUAGGCGUCAUGACGUCUGCCUUAACAUAUGUGACGUAAAGGAUGGGGCAACAGGGCCCUUGAGACCGUGUGUCUGGUGGACCUUGGCGAAGAUGAAGCCGGAAUUACUUGCUCAAUGCAAAACCAUGAUGCGCCUAGCGACGGACAGUCACGAUUUCAGAGUAAAAAAUGAUGGUAUUAAUAGCACCUGCUUCCUUUGUGACAUGUUUGAGAUUGAAACUCUGGAUCAUUUUUUUAUUUUCGUGUACGAAUUUUUCUGAUGAACGCAUCAAAUUAGCAAAAAUAUUUGACAAGUACAGUGGCAAUGGCUUGACGGACAAUAAGAAUAUCAUAUUUAAUUUUAAUGGCAACGUCACUUAUUCAGACAUGGCUGGUAUUUCGAACAUCAUCCAUGUAAUGUAUAUCAAAAGAGCAAAGCUCACCAGCCAAUAUGCUGGCAAUUAACAUACUAGUGAAACACACUAUAGAUGCAUCUGAUCUCUUGUAAUUAACAAGGUGUCACUAAACUGUAAAUAUGUUUCGAUCCACCAUAACUGUAUAUUAUAUGUUUUGUACUACUCUGUUUAAAUACAGGUUAAUAAAUGAAUAAUAAUAAUG